CGAACUCCAAAGCGAAUACAUUUCUUUGUGGGUGGUUUCUUUUUUUAUUAGACAAUAGUUCAGCAACAACAAAUGUUAACACUGUUAUUGGCUUCGUGUUUUAUCGUAAAGUUGUUGUUCCUGCACGGUGAGAAAGACACACAACAGCGCUGCAGCGACAUGGCUGCAGCUGCGGCGAAGCGACGAGCAGCACGAGCCGUCCGGUCCGAGCUGACAUCUUAGACCGCCGCACGGCGUCGAGAAUCGGUGAAAAAGCUUCAGAGAUGCCGGGGAUGAUGGACAAAGGCUCGGAAUAUUUAGGGAAAUGUCGCUCGAACGGCACCAAGAGCCCGUCCAACGCUUCAAAUGGACAUUUUUCCGACGACAGCGGCAGCGACGACGAACACGAUGUGGGGAUGCGGGUUGGAGCCGACUACCAGGCGAACAUCCCGGAGUUUGAGCCGGGUUGCACUAAGUACACAGACAAAGACAGUGGAGGAAUGCUGGUCUGGUCACCAUAUCACUCUAUAGUUGACUCCAAACUGGAUGAAUACAUCGCUAUCGCUAAGGAGAAACAUGGAUAUAACUUGGAGCAGGCUCUUGGUAUGCUGUUUUGGCACAAACACAACAUAGAAAAGUCUCUUGCCGACCUGCCCAAUUUCACACCAUUCCCAGAUGAGUGGACUGUGGAAGACAAGGUGCUGUUUGAGCAGGCCUUCAGCUUCCACGGCAAGAGCUUCCACCGCAUCCAGCAGAUGUUACCAGACAAAUCCAUUUCCAGUCUGGUGAAGUAUUAUUAUUCAUGGAAGAAGACACGCUCCAGAACAAGCCUGAUGGACAGACAGGCCCGAAAACUGGCCACGAGGAGCAACCAGGAUGACAG